GUGGCACAGGGAGGGAGGGACCCCGGCUCCUGCUUGUCAUUGCCUAUUACUUAUUCAUUUCUCCCAGGGAGCUCUGCCAGCAGCAGCUAUAGUCUCUCUACCACUUCAAACUCCACUCUCUAACCGUUGGCUGGAAAGACUUUUUUUUUUGUUUUGUUUUGUUCUUCAAUAAGCCCCCACCCCUCCUCCUUUCUUUUAAACAGACAGAGAGGUCAUUUAAUACAAACUCAUGUAUCCAUCUUUGCACAAAUCCUUAUUGGUGGAAUAAAGUCCUCUGGAUCUGUUGGGAGUUUACAAUUUGUUUUGCAUUAUUAUUAUUUUUGCUCCUUUAUGGUUUGACAGUGAUCUCUGCUUUGGGCUGUGGGUUUUUUUUUUUAAAUAAUUAUUAUUUUUACUGUUGAUUUGGUGCGGGGGGGGUUGUCCCGUUUCUGAUCAGCACCCUGUGCUGGCUUGUGCACGGGAGCUGCUGAUCCCAAUAACUAAAGCGCGUGGCUCCUUUGUGUAUAGCAGCUGCUGCUGAUCAAUGCAUAGGCAAGUCCUGUGGUUUUAGCUCCUUGCAGCUUUCUUUUAAAAUAAAUAAUAACAGCCCUGCAUCAGCCUACAAUAAGCUCCCAGACUUCUGCCUCCUGCGUCCAGCAUCCAGCCUGCUUGCUGCUCUGUGUUUUUGCCUUCCUGGAAGAUCUGUGCUGUUUAAUCCCCCUUUGCUUCUUCCUGCAACUUGUAUUUUAUCUGCACCUGAGACUAAAGGAAGAAUCUGAAUGCUGACCUAUUAGGACUGGGUGAAAACUGAAACUUGACAAACUCAAACAUGGAUGUAAGGUUUUACCCAGCAGCUGCUGGCAAUGCCCUGAGUGGAGAAUCACCAAAUCUGGACUUUUCACAGUGUUUAGACUACUACAGUUAUAAGUUUGGAAAUAAUAACAACUACAUGAAUAUGGCAGAAGCCAAUAAUGCAUUUCUUGCUGCAAAUGAGAAACAGCAGUGGACUGAAGAAUGCUUUAAGACGUUUCACACACCGAGUCUUGGUGAUGAAGAAUUUGAGAUUCCGCCCAUAACUCCACCUCCAGAAAAUGACCCGGCACUUGGCAUGACAGAUGUUCUUCUCCCAUUCCAAGUUAUGGGUGAAGCUUUGGCUGCCCAGGGCAAUGAAUUUACACCUCAGUUCCCACCUCAAAGUCUGGACCUCCCAUCUAUUACUAUAUCUCGGAAUCUAAUAGACCAGGAAGGAAUGUUGCACAGCAAUGGCUUGACGAUGGAUCAAAGACAGGCUCAGAUGGCCCAAUAUCGCCAGGAUCACUCCUUGAUUAUGAGGUCAUUGGUACAUAUGUCUGACGUGGCACGUGCAGGAAUAAUGUCUCAAAGUCAACUCACCACCAUAAACCAGUCUCAGCUCAGCGCUCAACUAGGUCUCAAUAUUGGUGGAGCUUCCAUUCCACAUACAUCUCCUUCUCCUCCAGCUAGCAAGUCAGCGACACCAUCUCCUUCCAGUUCAGUCAACGAAGAGGAUGGAGAUGAUACAAACAGGAUGAUUGGAGAGAAACGAGCUGCCCCGGAUUCUGGCAAGAAACCUAAAACUCCAAAGAAAAAGAAAAAGAAAGACCCCAAUGAACCCCAAAAGCCGGUAUCUGCAUAUGCAUUGUUCUUUAGGGAUACACAAGCUGCAAUUAAAGGUCAGAACCCCAAUGCUACUUUUGGUGAAGUGUCGAAAAUUGUUGCCUCGAUGUGGGAUGGCCUUGGAGAAGAGCAAAAGCAGGUGUACAAGAGAAAAACAGAAGCUGCCAAAAAGGAAUAUUUAAAGGCUCUUGCAGCCUACAGAGCAAGCCUGGUAUCUAAGGCUGCAGCAGAAUCGGCAGAGGCUCAGACAAUACGCUCUGUCCAGCAAACACUGGCAUCAACCAAUCUCUCUUCUUCUCUUCUCCUCAACUCCUCACUUUCCCAGCAUGCAUCUAUCUCAGUGGCAGCCCAGAAUCUCCAGCAAUCACUUCCAAGGGCGAUUGCACCUAAACCUUUAUCCAUGAGACUACCCUCUAGCCAGAUUGUGACUUCUGUCUCCAUUGCACCUAACAUGCCAUCUAGCAUGGGAACUCCUUUAAUGAGCUCUAUGGGUGCACCUAUGGUUGCCACACCACCCUCUUCUCAAGUGAGCCCCUCAUUGCAGAGCCAGCAGCAUCACAUCCAACAACUGCAGCAGCAGCAGUUACAGCAAAUGCAGCAGCAGCAGCUUCAUCAGCACCAAAUGCACCAGCAGAUCCAGCACCAAAUGCAGCAGCAACAUUUUCAGCAUCACAUGCAGCAGCAGAUUCAACAUCAGCAACAGCAACAACAACUCCAACAGCAAAUGCAGCAGCAACUGCAACAUAUACAUCUACAGCAGAUGCAGCAACAGCAGCAGAUGCAACACAUUCAGCACCAGUCUCAGUUGUCUCCUCAACAACAAUCACCUGCCGCUUCCCAAACUGGGGUACCUAACCAGAUAGCGUCACCCAUCCCACAUAUCAGUAGUCCGCCCCCAUCAUCCCAACAUCAUCAGCCAUUAAUACAGUCCCAGGCACAGACUCAAGUGCUGUCUCAAGUCAGUAUUUUCUAAUCCUUCAGUGGUUUCAUUGUUGGAUAGUUUCAUCUCCUUAAGGGAAGGUGCAUAUGCUGUAAAUUGUCCAAACAUGUUAUGCGAGUUUGCAUAAUGUACCAAGUGAAACUCUUAAGUGUCUAUUAGAUAGGCAAUAAAGAACGAUGUAACCUGUAUCGUAUUUUAGCAUCCUCAAAAUCACUUCUCUAAAAACUAAAGAAAGCUGUCCUUUUGGGUUUCUUUUUCAAGUGAUGCCUUUUUAAUUUAUUAAAGCUUUUCCUAAAAUAUGUGAAUUGUGUGGUCUAAAAAACACACUGGGAAGUAACUACAAAAAUCUGCAGACCGUUUGAGUGAACUUGAAGAUGCCGCAAUGUGUUUGGACCGCAAUGCAUUGUCUGCAGUGGAAACUCAAAAAAGACAAAACAUAUGCAGUUGGAACUACCUGUAAAGUGAUAAUGUCACAAUCAUGCAAGUGCAUUUGUAUAACAUAUGUAGUUAAUGGCAUUUUUGUCAUAUGUUAUGAUGUAAAUCACAGAUGUUUGCCAAAGUUUUUUUUGUCUAUUCUGAAUAAUGAAAAAAAAGGUCUUAUUAGCAACCAAAAUUUAAGUUUUAAAUACACUGUAACAGUAUGUUGAUUGGUUCUGUGUCCCUGCCAUAUACAUUUGAAUUAGAAAAAAAUGUGAAUAUAAUGUGCUUAAGUGACACUUUUCAUAUUAAAUCAAUGUAUUUUUCAAAGGGAAAUGCACUUAAUAAAUGGUUAUUCUAAGAGCUAAAUUUAACUAAUGCUACAAGUACUGUAUGAGCAGUAGAAUAUUUAAAAGGGUACCCUAAGUAAGGUGUAUAUAUUUUCUUUCGGAGUUGUAUGUUUUGUUGUAAAAGGUUUUCAUAAACAAGGCUUUAAUGUAACACUGGUUACAGAACCAUUAAUUGCUACAUCGCUUAUUGUGUUUUUAUGCUGUUUUAUACUUUUUUAUGAGUUCUGAUAGCAGCAGUUAAGUUGUUUGUAUUUUUGCUUAACUGAAAAAAAAUGCUUUUAUCUUGCAAUAGAAUAAACACGUUUCUGUAAUA